CUUUCUCCGUCGUUUCUCCCCGACCAUGGACUUCGAUCUACCUCCGUGAUAUAUACAUGAUAUCUUCACCCACAAUUAUUGAGGGGAGGAAGAAAAGUAAAAAGAAAAAAAAAAAAAAUGAAGAAAGUGACCAUCUAUUGACGUCGUCCAGGGUGCCAAGGGCUCGGCAUCUGGGCGUCUUGGCAGCGAAGAAAAAGCAGAAGAAGGAGAGCCUUUCCGCUGCAUUUGAGCUCUGCCUUUUUUUCUUGUCCUUGUCUUGGACUUCCGCUCUGUCCUACUAUUGCUUGUCCAUGGCACUCUUAUAAGUUUCCCCUUCUUCCGCUCCUCUGUCCGUCUCCUCCAUCCCUCCGAUCAGCCCUCCUCACCUUAUCUGGUCCUUUCCCUCCCCCCUUCUACCACUACCUUUCUCCCCCACCUUGCUGUGGGAUCGUCACUUGCCUUUAUCAGCGGGUAUGCCCCUU